AUGGAAAGGGAAGAUCUCUGGCAUUCAGCUUUAGGGGCUGUCUGGGACCCCUCUUGUUGGUUAGAGGGGCAAGAGGAAAGAUAUCUGGGCCAAGUGGCAGUGGCCCAAAAGGAAACCUUUAAUGAGAAGAGGGUAUGUGGAGGUAAUAAAACUGAAAAAUGUUCCAUUGAAGGUUCAAUGCUUAAUACGCAAAGCAUUCCUUUGACAAAAAGACCCUAUAAUUGGAAUUCAAAUGGAAAAGAUUCUAAACAAAAUUCCGAGUUAAUGAAAACUUCAAGAAUGUUUGUAGGAAAGAAAAUUUAUGAAUGUGACGAGUGCAGGAAAACCUUCAGCCAGAGUUCAUCUCUACUUAAGCACCAGAGAAUUCACACUGGGGAGAAACCUUAUAAAUGCAAUGUGUGUGACAAGCACUUCAUUGAACGUUCCUCCCUCACUGUACAUCAAAGGACUCAUACAGGAGAAAAACCCUACAAAUGCAAUGAGUGUGGGAAAGCCUUCAGUCAGAGUAUGAACCUUACUGUCCAUCAGAGAACUCAUACUGGAGAGAAACCUUAUCAGUGCAAAGAGUGUGGAAAAGCUUUUCGUAAGAAUUCAUCCCUUAUUCAGCACGAAAGGAUUCAUACUGGAGAAAAGCCCUACAAAUGUAACGAUUGUGGGAAAGCUUUUACACAAAGCAUGAAUCUUACAGUUCAUCAGAGAACUCAUACCGGAGAAAAACCCUAUGAAUGUAAUGAAUGUGGAAAAGCCUUCAGUCAAAGCAUGCAUCUUAUCGUUCAUCAGAGAAGUCAUACCGGAGAAAAACCCUAUGAGUGCAGUGAAUGUGGAAAAGCCUUCAGUAAAAGCUCAACUCUCACUCUGCAUCAGCGAAAUCACACUGGAGAAAAACCCUACAAAUGUAACAAAUGUAGUAAAUCAUUUAGUCAAAGCACAUAUCUUAUAGAACAUCAGAGACUUCACUCUGGAGUGAAGCCUUUUGAAUGUAACCAGUGUGGAAAAGCUUUUAGUAAGAAUUCUUCUCUUACUCAGCAUCGGAGAAUUCACACUGGUGAGAAACCUUAUGAGUGUAUGGUAUGUGGAAAGCAUUUCACUGGGAGAUCAUCUCUAACUGUACAUCAGGUUAUACACACUGGAGAGAAACCUUAUGAAUGCACUGAAUGUGGAAAGGCCUUCAGCCAAAGCGCCUACCUUAUUGAGCAUCAAAGAAUUCAUACUGGUGAAAAACCCUAUGAAUGUGACCAGUGUGGAAAAGCUUUCAUUAAGAAUUCAUCCCUUAUAGUGCACCAGAGAAUACAUACAGGAGAGAAACCCUACCAGUGUAAUGAAUGUGGAAAAGCCUUCAGUAGGAGUACAAACCUUACAAGACAUCAGAGGACUCAUACAUGA